GGGGAGGUUUGCAGCCAUGGCUGAGUUCUGGGCUCUCUCUCUCUCUAACCUGCUUUCAAACAAACUUUCCUUUUUACGGUCACAGAGAAGGAUCGGGAGGGGAGAGAGCAACUCCAUCCGCCGUCGGUCUGUGUUUAUGUCUCACAACUUUGUCGGUCCCAUGAUGUGGUGGUAUUAUUCAGAGCAAAGUAGUAAUGAUUAAAUUGGACCAUAGAAAAUGAGGACUGGACUGGAUGUGGGCUCUAUCCUUUUUGGUUUUCACAUAGCUUGUUCUGUUCCUGUGGAUAAGAGAACUGGGAUGCACUGUCUUCUGAAGAAAGUUAUGGGCGCUGCUCAAAAUUCCCUUGCUGUGUAAUGUUUCAAGUUUUGUAUCUACAUCGAGGAAGUUGACCGUAUUUGCUGCACAACAGUAGAUCAGUGUUAGCUAUGCAAAAUAUUACCAAGGUUUCUGGACAUAAGUUAUGCUUGUUUUCUUUGGCUUUCUGAAGCAUAACCUUGCAGGAUGAUGCCUGUGUACAGAAGAGGUAGGAAACGACAGUUUGUACAAUUGGUUGCCACUUGUUUUCUCUUCUCUCUCGUCCUGAUCUACUGGGAACAACUGGAUGCCAAUGUGGUGAGCCACGUUAAGUCUUACUCGUACAGGUACCUUAUCAAUCAGUAUGGAUUUCUGAAUGACAGCCUGACUCUCGACAGGGAAAUAGCGGCUAACCUUUACGGCUUCCAAUACUUAAUGAACCACGAGGACAAAUGUCACGGGCAGGAGGUUUUGCUUCUUCUGUUUGUGAAGAGCUCUCCUGAAAACCGGUUGAGGCGUGAUUCUAUCCGGGAGACUUGGGGGAAUGAGUAUUACAUCUAUUCUACCUUGAAAGCCACUAUAAAAGUGAUUUUUGUCUUGGGCGUGGACAAAAAUGUUCAUCGGAGGCAUCUUACGCAGCAAGAAUUAAUGCUGGAGAACCGUCAAUACGCGGACCUCAUCCAGCAAGACUUCUAUGAUGACUUUCAUAACCUGACCCUGAAGUUAAUCUUCCAGUUCAAGUGGGCGAACACUUAUUGCCAAAACGCCAAGUUUGUCAUGUCAUCGGAUGAUGAUGUCUUUGUGCACACCCCGAAUCUCGUGACCUACCUGCAGGAGCUGAACAGAAAGGGGAUCUCUGAUUUCUGGAUAGGUCGAGUGCAUCGAGGGGCUCCCCCUGUGAGGAGCAAGGCAAGCAAGUACUACGUGUCCUAUGAAAUGUACCAGUGGCCGGCUUAUCCAGACUACACCGCAGGUGCCGCUUACGUGGUGUCCCAGGAUGUGGCGGUGAAAAUCUACGAGGCCUUAAUGACGCUGAACAGCAGUCUUUAUAUAGAUGACGUUUUUAUGGGCAUGUGUGCAAAGAAGAUGGGAGUUUCACCACAAUACCAUGCCUUCUUUGCCGGAGAGGGAAAGGCCCCUUAUCAUCCUUGCAUUUAUGAGAAAAUGAUGACCUCACAUGGCCACGUGAAUGACAUCCAUCACUUGUGGCGAGAGGCCACAGACCCCAAAGUAAGCUAUCUCACUACUGGAGUCUGGGGGAAGCUUUAUUGUCGGCUGGUCAAAAUAUUUCUUCUCUGCAAACCCUACUAUUUGGACACUUACCCCUGUGUUUCGGCCUUUUCCUAGUAACCUAUAUGAAGAAUUCUGAUAGCACUGAUUUACCUUGUGUGUUUUUUGGGAGGGCAAGAUACCAAAGUAGCGUCCCACAGUAAGUUAACGUUUGCAAGUACUCUUCUUAGACCUAUGCUAUUUUUUUUGCCCAACCUGAUGUAUAAUUUAUAUUUUUAAAAACUCCCAAUGUGUAGCCACUUGAGUGCUUACUGAGUUGAAAAUGAAUGGAUGCAGGGAUUCAAUUCUCAGGCAGAGAGGAGGGUAUGUGCCCUUGAUUUUCUCAAGAGCCUGGUCCAAAUCUGGUGGCAGCUUGUGCGAGGACAGCUCCAAUACGUAUCAGCUGGGUUCUCAUAAGGAAUGUCAGAAAGGUGGUGAAAAUGGUGAGCAGCAAGAGCAUCUAGGAAGGCUUGAGGGCAUCUCAGGGCCAUCAUACCAGUCAGUCCCUGGUUAUUCUGCCAUGAAACAUUUCAUCACCCACUCUGCAAACUCUUGAAAUUGUGCACAGGGCCUAUUCACCGGAAUUAGUUCACCUGGAAUUGAUUCCAUUGACCAAUUUUGACCCAAACUUGAGGCAAAGCUAGGGUCGUUCAGGUCGCAUCUCGUGCCUAGCAAUGUGUGCAUUUAUUCUGACAUUUGUAUCAUUAACUCUUGCUCCCACGCACAACUGUAAAGUGCUUUUUAUGGGAGUGAAACCCCUGCACAGGAUUUGGUAAUUUCCAGUCUAUUCAGUACUCUUGGUGCUACACAGAUUUCAGAUGCAGUGACUAAUAGUUGAAACUAAAAUGGGAACCUAUGAAAUUAGUUUACAGGAGUGAGAAGUUUGUUGUUUUUUUUAAAAAAAAGUCCUCAAACUGAAUAAUGCAUUGCCAUCUGUUUACUUGUGUAAAAUUUCAGUAUAGUUUAGACUUUUUGAAAGGAUAAAUUCUAUGGCGGAUGUAGAAAUGAUGACUCCCGCACUCAGUUGUGGCUAGUGCAUUUCAUGUGUGCUAAGCUUUUCUAUACAUUACAUUGUACAUGCUAUACAGUAGUUGCAUUUAGAAUGCAGUGUACUAAUGAUGCGACUAACUAGGUAGAUAACCACACCUUCCACCUCGUUACCUCCCACUCCAUCCUCUCUCUAGUUUAUAACUUAGAGCUAGCAAUUGGAUAGUUAGCUGAGGUAGAAAGAGUUUGAUGGUAUAAGCUUAAAGCUAGUUUCUAACUUGAGGGAGGAGAAAGUGUGUGAUCUUGGUUAACCUUUACUACAAAUAACUACUGGAUACUCCCCUUUUUUUUGUCUUGUUUCACAUGAUCAGGUUUUCGAUGUUUGAAAUCGGAGCCACUGUUGAAAUUUGGGUGAAUGUGGAUUUAUAGACCAAUAAUUAGCAGCUAUGUUGCUAUAAAUUAGCUUCCACAAUAUAUCUUCAUCCAAAUGAGCAAGGCAAUUAAUGCAUGGUGAGGGGGAGAACAGGGAAAGAAAGGAGGGAGUAAACGGCAAGAACGCUCAUCUCUGUGUGUCUUAUCCAGUACCCCAACUGCUGAGAAGAGGGCAUUUGAAGUGAUGGGAAGCCUGGGGUGUUGGUUGUAAACAUUUGGCCUGAUGUAGAGGCAGCUGUAAAUUGUCAACUUGAUGUUUGGCUUUUCCAUAAGUUUAGACGUUGAGGUACUCUGUCUUAAUAAUCCGUUACUUUAAAGAGAAGCUAAUUUUUUAAUGCAUUGUACACAUAAUUUUCUUGAUUAUUCAUGGUGAGCUGUAUGGAUGAAAGCUUUUCAUUGAUGGUUGAUCAAAGCAAGUGUCUGUUAAAAGAUCAAAUGUUAUAUACUGGCCGAUGAUGAACCCAACUCCGUUUUGUACAGAAAUGUAGAACUGAAAACCUGAGUGUUGCCUUCAUAUCUGCCAAAUUGUACAAUUGUGACCCAUCAAACCUUCUGUUUGUUGUGAGCUCAGCUGUGGUGAUGCCCAUGUUAAACUCUCAGCCUUCACUAACAUUUGGUUGCUUUGCAUUUUGUUUGAAAGUUAUCAUUUUGCUCUGGAUCUAUUUAUUACAGGCAAUCUUGGCCACCUGACCCUGCGGCCAAACCUUGGUGAUGAAGGACAUUUUCUUUUUGAGUGGUCUUGUAAAUAAAACCACAAACCUUCACUGCACAAACUCUUCCCUUUACCAGUCCAUGUCUACAAAUACACUUCAGCGUUUUUAGAUAAAUUUGUGAAUUGUUUCUAUAAAAGAACGUAACUUCUAUUGGCAGGCUGAAUCGGAACUGAAACUAAUGGGUGGGCUUUUUUUUAUAUUUAACCUCCAGUGACGUAUCAACACUUUUUCUUUGGAGGUAGGGGUGUUUACAAAGAUGUUCUUUCAUCUAGGGCCUCAGUUAGUAUUCAGCCCAGACUAAGUAAUGCGAACAGCAUUCCUUUCCUGUUCAGGCAUUGGGCACAUUGAAAAUUGGUUUGGGUAGACGAGAGAGAGAACAAGAGAGGGGCCCACAUAGCACAAACUUAAUUUUGCACCUGUUGCCAUUCGCACUCCUGUGUCCACAGAGAUGGCUAGUGUGGGAAGGGGAAAUUCUCAAUGUCUGGAUGCACUUCUGAGAUUGAGGUGAUGUGAACAGGAGCUUUACUCCGCACUUGUCCGUGGCACACGUGAUGUUAAUGACCAGAAGUGGGAAAGCGUCCCAUUACCUCAGCACUGACCUCUCAAUCAUUCUUUAAACUCCCUAUAACAGGAACAGAAGUUGAAAGGAAACCACGGUUGUUUUUAAUUCAUUUUUAACGCACGUAUUUUGAUAAUUUAUUUUGGCUACAAUAGAUUUAUUUUCCUGCACUGGACCGAAUCAAUCUGUUCAAUGCAUAUCAACUAAACAGUUUGCCACAUUUUCCAAUAUCCCAACAUUAGCACAUUCUAACGUGAUUUUAGCAGUUUGAUUUUUUUUUGUUCUGUAUUCACCAAUAUACAUUUUAUUGGGUUACUUUUUUUCUCUCUCCCUUACGUGCAGAAACUGUUGACCAAAGUUAGAAAGCUGUUCCAGCAAAAACAAAUACCAAAGCCAUGGGCAAUCUGAAACGGAUACACAAAAUACCAACACCUGAAAAACACUCCCAAUAGUUCAGAACAAUCUGUCGCUCUUCAAAUAGCAAUCCAGCAAAUCUAUAACAAUGGGAUGAUGAGCGGGAUGUUUCUGAACACAGUUUGUUGCUGCCGAUCGCCAGAGAGCAGAGAUUCACUGCUAAUGAGAGAAUACCGGCCCAACUUGGCCCAUGUUGUGCAAGUGGCCUCGGGACCCGUUUCUCUGCACUUGGCAAUGCACCUUUGGGUUCAACCAUUGUGCCAAAGUUGUGGGGUGCCCCCCCACCCCCCCAACCAGUCACAAACUUGUUGACUGAAACUCCAAAAAAUGGUGAAACGUCUCAAUUUUGACCCCUCCUCCCCCACUCCCACUAUACACAUAUAUAUAUUAUAUACUUAACUACUGUAGAUAGCUUAUUUCUGGUGAAUGACCAUUAUGUGUGACACUAGAAUCCGGUAGCAUUCUGCACAAAUGCGGAAACGCUGGCUAUAAUAUAUCAAUCGAUACAGCACCUACCUCGUCCUACCUUUUUAUUCGGUGGGUAGUUUUAAGUGCUUCAGGUCAGUGAAUUGGAAAUAGUUUAACGGUGUUCUGAUUUUUACAGCCAAAGUAUCUUCUACAAACCAAACCAGCACAAAAACAGGUCUGAAAUGCAGUGGCACAAUUAUAGGCAGUGACCUUUUGAAAAUGUGAAUUUGACUUAAUCUCUAUGGAAUUUUAGUGAGGAACUUCCAGGAACAAAUUGUAACCUGCUUCCAGGUUUCUUUGAAUUGAAAUGAAAGAGGUUGAAGUUAUUUUUGGUACAUAUAUAUAUAUAUAUAUAUACACAUUAUGCAGUAUGUGUGUGUGUAUAUAUAUGUGUGUGUGUGUGUGUUAUGCGUGUAUUUCCAGCCUAUUGCUUAUUUUGCACCUGUUAUUUUCUAGCUCACUAGAAAAUUUAUUUUUAUAUGUUGUGAUGUUUUGAAAUGUGAAUUUUUUUCCCCCGUUUUUAAAAUAAAAUUAAAAAGUACU